UACAAGGGAACAAAUGAUCACACACAAUUACAUAACAAGUUACGAAAAAAUCAGUCCAAAAUUUAGUGAUUUCCUAUUCUAUUUCUAAGUAUACAAUAAUAUGCAUAGCUAAUAAUAAAUUCUAUAAUUCCACCUCAAGCAUUUUAAUUUUUCUUCCAUUAUUGGUUUUUUUUUUUUUUGGUCAAGAAAAGUUUAGGGGGAAAGGGAGACUACUCCAUCUCAGGGUCAGGGCACAUCAAAGUCUCUUUGAGGACUUACAGAGAGGGUCUUAGCUCAUGUUUUGGUUUUUACAUAACACCUACCAAAAGGGAUUUUCGUCAGCGAAACUCAAACCUAGGUCUUGGUAGUUUUUAUUUUUUUUCUCUCACAAGGAGAAAGAUGGAGUUUUCUUAAUUAAGAAAAAAGCAUAUCCAAUAAAAAACCAUUUAGUUUGGAUUGAGACCAAUUAGCAAAGGGUAGUAUUAGCUCACAAAACCUUAAACCUAAAUAAAUACUACCAAAAAUAGUAACUCCAACUCCAACCGUAGAAUCAUCACAGCCAAUCACACUUACAAAACGAACCUACACGCCAUUUUCAGCAUCCGACCCGGAUUCUCCGGACCCGAAAUUCACUCAUUACGCAACCCUUACGUUCCUUGCCCACCACGUGUCAAAAUCUUAGCGGCCCCCUCAUUCCAACCUUUUACAUAUAUAUAUAGUUCCCCCGCUCUCAUCUCCCGCCUUCUGUUGUUGAUUUCGUAAAAAGCCCCAUAUCCUUCAUUUUGCAAGCAGUUCCGCCACCUCCCUCUAUUUUCUCCUCACCAUUAAUUAAGACCCGCAUCUCCUAAAAUCUUCUUCGAACCUUAAAAAAAAUCAAUUCGUGAAUGAAUGGUAUCAUUAUUAAUUAACUUAACACACAACUAAUCAUAAUCAGAGAUUAAAGUCACGUCCGUCCAUCGACACAAAUGAAGGACGACGAGAGAGGAGGCGGGAUGUUCGCCGACGCAGAAACCAUACCCAGGGCCAAAUUCGGAAACCUCGCGCAUUCUGAUCCCAACAUUUCCUCCACUAUGCCCUCCGACAUCAACGACUACUCGAUGCGCAACAGCAGCGCCUCCGCCAUCAGCCCCGCCUGCUCCCUCGACCCCAACCGCAUGAGCGGCGAGUGCUCGCCCAUAACCAUGUCUCCCUGGAACCAGACCAGCUCUUCUCCCUUUGCCAAGUCACCGUGGCAGCCGUUCGAAGACAACAACGUCCCCCAGAACGGCCUCAUCGGCUCUCUGGUCCGCGAAGAAGGCCACAUCUACUCUCUGGCCGCCACCGGAGAUCUCUUGUACACCGGGUCGGACAGCAAGAACAUCCGUGUCUGGAAGAAUCUGAAAGAGUUCAGCGGCUUCAAGUCAAACAGCGGCCUCGUCAAAGCCAUUGUCAUUUCCGGAGAUAAGCUCUUCACGGGUCACCAAGACGGAAAAAUUCGGGUCUGGCGGGUCUCUUCCAAGGACCCGAGCGUCCACAAGCGCGCCGGGACUUUACCCACCAUGAUGGAUAUUUUCAAAUACUCGGUAAAACCGAGCAAUUACAUUCAGGUCAGAAGACAGAAAACCCUCUGGAUCAAGCACUCCGACGCCGUUUCGUGCUUGAGCUUGAGCGAGGACAAGAAGCUUCUCUACUCCGCGUCCUGGGACCGCACUCUAAAAGUCUGGCGAAUCGACACGUCCAAGUGCUUGGAGUCCAUCCACGCCCACGACGACGCCGUCAACUCCGUCGUUGCCAGCGUGGAGGGGUUGGUGUACACCGGGGCGGCUGACGGGACGGUCAAAGUGUGGAAGAGAGAGCAGAGCGGGAAGAUAAUCAAGCACUCGCUGGUGCAGGCACUGCUGAAGCAAGAGAGCGCGGUGACGGCGCUGGCCGUCAACGCCUCGGGCUCGAUUGUGUACUGCGGGUCCUCCGACGGGCUCGUCAAUUUUUGGCAGCGCGAGAAGCAGUUGUCGCACGGUGGGGUCCUCAAGGGUCACAAGCUGGCGGUUUUGUGUUUGGCGGCGGCCGGAAACUUAGUUUUCAGUGGCUCUGCCGAUAAGACGAUAUGCGUGUGGCGGAGGGAGGGAGUGAUCCACACUUGUCUGUCGGUUUUGGCGGGGCACACGGGGCCGGUGAAGUGCUUGGCGGUGGAGCAUGACCGGGAUACAAAUGCCAACAAGGGCCAUGGGCCGCGGUGGAUUGUGUACAGCGGGAGCCUCGAUAAGUCGGUGAAGGUGUGGGGGGUGUCGGAGCAGGCGCCGGAGCUGACGCCCGUUGCUAUGGUGCAGCAGCGCAUGGGAUUCGAUGCGGAAUCGCUGCCGUCGGAUGGUAGUUACUCGUCUUCUGCGGGUCGGGGUAGCAGUCACAGCCGGAGGUACUGAUGGAUGGUGAUCCAUGGUCGCGAUGACUUCUUCAUCUCACUGGCCAGUAGUAUGGCGCCAAGUGUCUACUCGAAAUAACACCUGUGAGGAAUGAGUCUUUUCUUUUUAAUUUGUUUUUAUUUUGGUUUUUGUGUUUUUCAUGAUCAGGUUGGUUAUUGGGGUUGACUGAGAAUGAAUACGGGAUCGAUCAAGGAAGACUUAUUAAUGUGAUGGAAUGGAUCGAUAUGAGAAAUAAAUUAUGUUCUCUCUCCUUAAUUUCUUGCUUAAUUUGCUAAUGAAACUAGUGCUUGCUGCUUAGCAUGUCUUUUGUUCUCACAGCAAUCAAAUUGGGUGUUUGCUAGCUUUAAUUAACUUAACAUUGGCUGUAUAUUUGAUCUGCUAAACCAAACCCAGAUCAUUGUUUUGCAAAAUCAGAUUUACUGUGACUAAAAUUUUGGAAACAAUAUACACGUAAAGAGAAUUUAUUACAAGCUAUAUUUUUAACUCAGACCAAAAAAAAAAGAAAAAAGAAAAAAAAAA